AUGGACCAAAGAAAGCUGUGGCUCCAGCUCCGGAGAACCAUUGGAAAACACGUGGCCCGUGCCAACAAAAGCAACGUCAAGCACGUUUCCAUCAAGCUUUUUGAAACAAACGUCGUCCGAGGCCGUGGCAUCUUGGCUCGAGCAAUCCUAGCAAAUGUGCUUACUGAGCCUGACAAACACGCUGUUUUCGCCCUGUUGGUGGCGGUCUUGAACCUGAAGGUUCCGCAGAUUGGCGAGCUUGUUGCUGCCAGGACGGUGGCGCUCUGGAAGUACUUGUACAUGAAAAACGACUGUACGAGGAUCUUCAGGGUGUUGCUUUUCCUCUGCGAAUUGAUAAAGCAGAAGGUCGUGGAGGACGUGGUGUUGUUGCAGAUCUUGCAGCUUUUGGUGGAGGAGUCUGUGACUGACGAUUCUGUGCACUUGGCGUCGUUUGCUUUGGAGAACAUCCUGGCGUAUCUAGACAAGAAUGCCAAAACUUCAGCUAACCUGAUCUACGACCAGCUAAGAAACAUGCUCCAGGAAGGAGGUCUUCUGGAAAAACGUCGCAACGAUAUCCAGUAUCUCCUCGAACACCGCCGCAAUCGCCCCAAAUACCUUAUAGACCCUGAACUCGAUCUUGUGGAAGGUACCGAUAAUGCCACGCACUAUGUGGACCUCACAGACCUCCAGGAGCCCGGAACGGACCUCAAUUACUUCCAGGAGGAUCCGGAAUUCGAGGUGGCAGAGGCCACUUACAGCCAAUUGCAGAGACAGAUUCUAGCAGAAGAGGUCAGGCAAGAAAGACCCAGUGAAAAGGUCGAACAUCCACAGAAAACCACCGAUAUGACCGACAAGACGCUUCUCCAGCACCAGAAAACAAUCUACUUGACGGUGAUGUCGUCAAUGUCCGCAGACGAAGCCGUACACAAGCUUCUCCGAGUCAGGCAAAAGCAGAAGCUCGAGCAGGCGGUUCUAGUCGACAUGAUCGUGAAGUGCUGUGCCCAGGAAAAAACGUACUCCAAGUACUUUGGCGUCAUUGGAGAGAAAAUGAGUGGAAUGAGCCAGGAGUGGAACAAUACCUUCACCAACGAGUUCCAGCAAAAGUACGACACGUGCUACCAGUACGAAGGCUCACAGCUCCGAAACAUGGGCAAGUUUUUCGGCCACUUGAUUGCAUCAGAUAAUUUACGGCCCCAGGAGACCCUAGGUCAUGUAGAGUUGACGGAAACCGGAACCAACAGUGCGAGCCGAGUCUUCAUAAAAUUCCUCUUUCAAGAGCUUGUGGAGGAGAUGGGCGUCAAUGAGGUGAAGCGGCUCAUUCAGGAUCCCGAAGUGAAGCCCACGCUUCGUGGCAUGUUUCCUGUUGUUCUGGUGGACGAGCUGGAUCAGGCCCAUAUCAUGUUUUCCAUCAACUACUUCACGGCCAUCGGCUUGGGUGUUUUGACAGAGGAAAUGAGACAGGUGCUCAAGAAUCUUCCAGAGCCUCGUGGUCGUCGCAGCUCGUCUUCUGGUUCGUAUUCAGAUCUGGCUUCCUACAGCAGGUCUGAGUCGUACUCCAGGAGUCCAUCCCGAAGCCGCAGUGGAUCGAGAUCCCGAAGCUGGUCGAGAAGCCCCUCCAGAACGCCGUCCAGGGAGGUCGAAAGCAAGGAGUAG